GUGGCCCCUUAGUAAGAAUUGUAUUGUAUAAUACCAGUUAAAAGUUAGAACAGAGAAGGCCACGAUGACAGGUUGGAGUGAUUUCCUUCUCCUGUGCUUUUUGUUUAAUCCAACAUGGACUCGUUUCGUAGUUGAUCGAAAUUCUAGAGACUUCAUAGUUGAUCCUAAUACCAGAAGGGGUAUACAGAGCGAUGUGUACAUUGUCAGCAAUAGGGCCAACAUUAGAAUUCACCAUGAUGGAGAUAGAUACAAAGUCAGGAGAAGAUUAACACCAGACGGGCUAAGACCUUCUCUUUCUGCAGCGGGAAAAACAGAUGUCACAAAAGUUGCCCUCUCAGGAGAUGGAAGUAUAGGUACCUAUAAUCAACGAAGGUUAAAUGGGGGAAAUAGGAACGAACAACCCAUCCCAAAUGACAGAAAUAUGGAUGUUCAAAUCGUUUCAAAUGACGACUUUAUCAAAAGGAAAACUAAUAAUAAAGGGAGAAGUGACAUUGAACAGCCUGUAGUAGAUGACCAGUUGGGUUCUAAUAAUGUCGCAAAAGUGGAAAGUAACGUAGUUCAGUCUGCUCUUAAAAAUGGUAUUGUCAACGGUCAUCAGGCGGCUAAUAUUAAUGAUAUCGUUAGCCAGUCUACUUUUGAUGGCAGUUUUGUCAACGAACAGUCAGUUUCAAAUGGUGGAACGGAUAAUGGACUUCAAAUUAAGAUUAAACAACCAGUUAUAGAUACUACUCACCGCAGACUUAAGUCCAGAGUAGAACAAGGGGAUGUCCUUAUAAGUAGGAAAGAAAAUGGUCAACAAUUCUCAAACAGAAAUAGUCAGGGAAAUGGUAACACAGGUAUGGGAAGUCAACUAAGGGAACAAAUGGUAGGCGGAAGUGAUGGAAUAGUUUCUUUAAUCGGUCUGAAUGCGCAGAAUCAGGGCCAAAACAUAAAUGGUGGUGAAAAUGGCCAAAUGGUUGUAACAACGCCUGCCCAAAAUCAAGAUCAAAAUGGUAUGCAAUUUGACAACGUGAACAGCGGAAAUGACCAAAACGGUAGGCAAUUUGACAACGUUAAUGGUGGAAAUGGUCAAGACGGUCAAAACGGUAGACAAUUUGACAAUAUUAACGGUGGAAAUGGUCAAGACGGUCAAAACGGUAUGCAAUUUGACAACGUUAACAGUGGAAAUGGUCAAGACGGUCAAAACGGUAGGCAAUUUGACAACGUUAACGGUGGAAAUGGUCAAGACGGUCAAAAUGGUAUGCAAUUUGAUAACGUCAACAGUGGAAAUGGUCAAGACGGUCAAAACGGUAGGCAAUUGGACAACAUUAACAGUGGAAAUGGUCAAGACGAUCAAAACGUUAUGCGAUCUGACAACCUUAACAGUGGAAAUGGCCAAAAUGGUGCACAAGUCGGAAAUGACCAAUUUGGAUCACAAUUCGAAACUGGCCAAACUGGUUCACAAAAUGGAAAUGAACAAACUGGGUCAGAAAAUGGUAUUGAUCAGUUCGCUACAAGCACAGAAACAGUUGAAGCAAGUCCACAGGAAAAUUUUAAUCCAGAUGGCGAGCAACAGGGUACUGACGAAACUAGUACGGAUCCUUCUACUUUUUCUACUGAGUUAAGAGGAGAAGGUGGAGAAGGAGGAGGAGAAACAAUACCAACAACACCUCCAACUACCCCGGCAGUUCCAACAGACGUGGAAACUACAUUUAUGCCUGUAACCGGUGAACAGGAACAAGAGGAAACACGUGUUACUCCAAUUGAUGGAGUGGGCGUAACAACCACACCUCAAGACGAAACAGAGGUCGGUAAAACUAGGAGACCAAGACAACAUAGAGGGAGAGAAAGAGAAGAUGGUGAAUCUAGGGAAACAAUUGAACGAGGAAAACCUGUCCAUGACGAAGGAGGAAGGGAAGUUGAUUCUAGGGAAUCAAAAAAAUAUUUCAAAAAACGUCAUGACGGUAGUAGAACAUUUGCAAGGGAUGAAGAUGACGACUGGUGGGAUAGCGACAGAUGGGAUAGCGACAGAUGGGAUAGUGACAGAUGGGAAAGCGACAGUUGGGAGGUCAACAGCUGGGAUAGUGAUUCAUCGGACAGAAAUGUUCUGUCAGGAGAUAGACAAAGGAAAGUGAACGCAGUUCAACCCUUUAGGCCGUAUUUUACUUUAAGGAGAGAAAACAAACUUAAACGGUCAGAUGAAAGUGAUAGCAGCGAUUGGGAAAGUGAAAUAUAUUCAAAGGAAGACACAAAGACCGAUAAUUAUGACACACGUAAAAACCAGGUUUUAAAAGAAGAAGGAGAAAAAAGAAAUAUAAGAAUGAAGAAAAGAGUAAAUUAUGAAUCAAGCAGCGAUGAUUCGUUUUGGGAUUCCUUCGAGGACAGCGACAGUGAUAGCGAAGAUAGGUUGAUUAAACCAGUAAAAACUAAAUUGAUAGACGAGAACCAAACUAACGAUGAACAACCGACUGGUUUACGGAAACAAGUUAGAAGGAGCAGAAAGGAAUAUCCUAGCGAUAGUACGGAGUCUGAUUUUUCUGAUGGGGUAAAUAGUUAUAGAGAUAAUUCUCAGAUAAAACAAUCUAAGUUUCAGGAAUGGGGGGUUAUGUAUGACGAUAGUGACAGCUGGGACGAUUCCGAUAGCGGAUACUGGGAAGAUUCAGAGAGUGGUCAGAAAAGAUUAAACAAACCGGCGAUAGUUAAGUCAAAACCAAAAUCUAAUGUUAUAUAUGACCGUAGAUCUGACGAUGAUGAUAGCUGGUAUAGCGACAGCUGGGAAGAUAGCAGUGAACCUCGUCGUACAUCAAAUAAUGUUAGAGAUGUCAAACCGAGAUUAACAGAUAGUUCUUCGACUAAUUUUAAAACCGAUAAUGAAAGAAAAGAUUCUAACACUAAUAGGUUAAGACGUGGUGACAAUGAUUUCAGCUGGGAGAGUGAUUCUUCAUGGGAAAACGAUGAUUGGGAAUACUAUGAUGAUCCAGAUGAAUAUGAAAGUAAAGCAAAGACACAGCUGGAACCAGCAGUCACUGCUGCACCUGUUGGUAGAAAUGAGAUUCGGAGAAAGCAAUCGUUUGUCAAACAAUAUGAUGAUGAUUCAGACAACGGCAAUAUGAGACUUAGAUUUCGAACAGUGAGAGGGAGUAAUCGAGUUCUUGAUGAACCUUCUCGUUCAGAUAGCAAAAGAAGACUUCAUUUUAAAUUGUCAGGUCGUGUACUUCUAAAUAGACCAAAUAAGAAAACAAACGAUCUAUUUGAUGAUUAUGAAACCAGCGAAAACGAGUCGGAAUUUGUUCGACCAUUAAAAAAAUCAAGAAGGAAAUCAAGUAGGAAAUCUAGUAGGAAAUCGAGUAGAAAUCAAUUGUUUCUAUUAGACACAACAAAAUAAAAAGAUUGUUAAAUUAUUGUUUUGGAUCAUAUUGCAUACUAUUUAAUGUAUUGAAUGUACCUUACAAAUUGUAUAUACUAAAACGUUACAAUGAUUACUCACACAUAAAAACAUAAGUAUUAAUAAUAUGUUAAUUUUAAAAACUUCAUCGAUAUUGAGAUUAGGUAAGUAAUGCAAUAUUUAAUCUGUAAGAACAAUGGUUUGAACAUUUUAUACAAUUCGAAGUAAUAUUCAAUGAAAAUGGAACUUACACUAUAAAUGUAUUUGUUUGUAGAAAAAAAAUAGUAUGUAAAACAUAACCAUUAAGUAGUAAUAAGAAGAUGUGGUAUGUGUGUCAAUGAGACUAACUUAUAAGAAAAAAUUUCUUCGUAUGACGUACUUGAUGUUAUUGAAUACACACUGGUAUUUAUUGUAUUAUAUGAUAGCAUGUGUGAAAUACAAUGCUUUUAAUAUAGAAGCUAAAAGUAAACAAUUAAUUUUUAGUUUUGCUUGAUCAU